AUGUCACGAGCAAGGAUGUCGAUGUGUGUCUAUUCUCCCGUUGAUACUCUGCAUAUUCUGAAUAUGAAAGGGCUUUCGCAAGUUGUUUUUAUAAAGAAGAAAGGAGUUCGAUUUUUGAUGAUGAAGUACCCACCCCGCGAAAGGAUCCGCGAACGCCUAAACCCCUACUACUAAGUGUUUUCUCCCAUUUCUAGAGAGGACAACGAUCGCAAGGAUCACUCCCCAUCUUCUUGUCCUUGUAACAGAGACUCUUUUGAAUAAAUCGUGAAUCGUGGGACGA